AGGUGAUGAGAGAGUCAGUGAACGAGCUGGCCCAGCGUCCCGUCCAGGGUUGUUAUAUUCAUGGCCUGUUUCUGGAAGGCGCUCGCUGGGAUCCCCUCUCCUUUCAGCUAGCAGAGUCACGCCCCAAGGAGCUUUACACAGAGAUGGCAGUGAUCUGGCUCGUCCCUGUUCCCGACCGCAAACCUCCAACCACGGGCUUCUACCUGUGCCCAAUCUACAAGACGCUCACUCGAGCAGGGACAUUGUCAACAACAGGUCAUUCUACCAAUUAUGUGAUUGCGGUGGAGAUCCCCAGCAGUAAACUCCAGAGGCACUGGAUCAAACGGGGUGUAGCCCUCAUCUGUGCGCUAGACUUCUAGGAAGCCAUAGCAGCAAGGGGUCUGCGCACCAAGGUACAGUUGUACUGUGUAUUUGUAUGCACUGCUUGGUUGGUGCAGUCAACUAGGGCUAGAACAGGCUUGUAAUUAAACCCUGCUCUGGCUGCCCUUGCCUCUCAGAGCUCUUGUUUAGUUGUCAUAAAUAAAGAAGCUGUUCUAUUUUA